AUGUUCAUGGUAGACGACGACGUCUUGAGCGGGCUUGACGCGAUCGCCGAGAAGGCAGUGUUCCAUUUCCUCAUCACAAGCUUCGCGCCUCGGGUAACUAAGACCUUGCACGAACGCCUCCUUGGUAUGGUCAUGAAUGCGUCUAUGUCCCUUUUCUACACGUCGGGUGCUGGCUCUAUCGCCAACAGAUUCGGCCGGGACAUUGAACUCAUCGAUAUGGUGGUGCCUCUGUUGCUGAUCCAUACCGUCAUCACGAUCUUCGUCAUCGUUGCUCGGGGCGUAUUCAUCGCUGUUACGGGCACUUGUCCCUUCUGCUCGGAGCGAGAUUUCCUCGAACAAAACGACGAGCUCGUCUGCGUCAUUCAGCGGCCGGCUUACUUCCUGCUAGGCGUGCAGAGGUGGCUCGGUCUCGUCCUACACCUCGUUGUUUGCGGCAUCGCCAUCAUCCUCGCGAAGAUCGCCGUUAAGGCCAAAGGGCUAGACGUCCGGCUCAUCGGCCUUGCGCUCGUCAGCGUUGUGGGGCUCAGCGGCGAGCUAAAAUGGCUUAUCAUCCACUGGGCUCGCCUCGAGAUGUCCGCGGAGGCGGUCACUUGAGUGAAGCCAUUCACGAGCUCCGUCUAGUCCAAAUACCUCCCGACCGAGACGCAAGCCGUGCUAGAGAACUAGCCCUUGUCCGGCCGCAUAUAAUUCCGCAAUAUGGUAAUGUCGUACCACAAAGAUACUGAUUCUGUGCUUAGAGGUGUGCUUUUCUAGAUCGAGCCGGCCCAGCACAC